AUGGCUAGUAAAAGAAAAUCACUGUGUAUUGACGAAAAAGUUUUAUUGAUACGUGCAAUAGAAACUGGAGAGAAGAUAAGUGAUGUUGGCAAACGCUUUGGAUUUAGUCGCUCUACCGUGUCCACAAUAUGGAAAAACAAAGACAAAAUUCUCCAAGCUGAGGGCGAGGGGAAAUCUUCCAAAAAAUUAAAGAGACCUAAAUACGAAGACUUAGAUGAAGCUAUACUGUCAUGGUUUCACCGACAGCGCCAGAAUAAUAUGCCUAUUUCGGGGCCGCUCAUGAAAGCUAAGGCGGAGAAUUUUGCUGAAGAACUUGGUUUAACUUCUUUCAAAGCAUCAGAAGGAUGGCUCGGAAAAUUCAAGCAACGUCAUCAUAUCAACUACGGUAAAAUAAGUGGGGAAGCACGAAGUGUUGAUACGAAUGUGACUCACGAUUGGAUUAAUAGAGUGUGGUCAAAAUUCACACAAAAAUACGCGCCAAGUGACAUUUUCAAUUCUGAUGAAGCAGGAAUUUUCUAUAAGUUGACUCCAGAUAAAACUCUGAAAUUUAAAGGGGAAAAGUGUGUGGGAGGAAAGCUUUCCAAGGAACGUAUUACGGUGCUUGUGGCUGCUAAUAUGGAUGGCACAGAAAAAAGAAAGCUAAUGGUAAUAGGCAAAUCAAAAAAUCCGCGCUGUUUUAAGAACAUUAAAAAUUUGCCAGUGACGUACAAAGCUAAUAAAUCAGCUUGGAUGACCAGUACACUUUUUGAAGAAGAAGUGCGAAAGUGGGAUACAGAUUUAAAGGGACGAAAAAUUUUACUUCUUGUUGACAACUGCCCUGCCCACCCGUUUAUAUCGAAUCUUCAAAACAUAGAGUUGGCAUUUCUUCCUCCAAAUACGACUAGUGUCUUACAGCCAAUGGACCAGAGUGUGAUUAAAAGCCUCAAGGGUCACUACAGAAGGAAAUUAUUGAUGGAGCUAGUCGAAUCUGAGGGGAAAACUUCUGUUAAUGUUGCACGCAAACUUGAGUUUGAAAGUGACGACGAACUUCCAUUAACUGAGUGGAUUCAACAGUUUAACAUGGAAGAAAAUACGGUGAAUCUUCAAACCUACGUGGAAGUGGACGAUUGCCUGCUUACAACGGCUUCACUUACAGACAAAGAAAUUUUAGAUUCUGUAAGAAAAACUGAGGAUCAAGAGCAAGGAGAUGAAGAAGAUGAGAUAGACGAACCUGAGCCUCCUCCAAGCAUUAACCCUUAA